AUGGCGAGAAACCACCAGGUGCAAAAAGCCAAGCUGGCCGAGCAGGCCGAGCGUUACGAGGACAUGGCUGAUUUCAUGAAGGCAGUGGUGGAGCAUGGGGAUGAGCUCUCCAAUGAGGAGCGCAACCUCCUCUCUGUUGCCUAUAAGAACGUGGUGGGAUGCCAGAGGUCCGCCUGGAGGGUCAUCUCCAGCAUCGAGCACAAGACUGAAGAGGGUGAUGACAAAGCGCAGCUGGUGAAUGAAUACCGGGAGAAGGUGGAGGGGGAGCUGAAGGACGUCUGCAACAUUGUCCUGGGGCUGCUGGACAAGUAUCUCAUUAAGAAAGCCAGCGACGCAGAGAGCAAAGUCUUCUACCUGAAGAUGAAGGGAGACUACUUCCGAUACCUGGCUGAGGUAGCCACCGGGGAUGAGCGCAAGGAGACCAUAGAAAAUGCUCAGAAAGCUUACCAGGAAGCAAUGGACAUCAGCAAGAAGGAGAUGCAGCCCACGAACCCCAUCCGCCUGGGGCUUGCCCUCAACUUCUCAGUCUUCCACUACGAGAUCGCCAACGCCCCAGAGCAGGCCAUCACGCUGGCCAAAACCACGUUUGAUGAAGCCAUGGGAGACCUGCACACGCUCAGUGAAGACUCGUACAAGGACAGCACCCUCAUCAUGCAGCUGCUCAGGGACAACCUUACGUUAUGGACGGCAGAGUGCGCGGGAGAAGAUGGUGGAGAAGCCGGGGAAGAGCCUAAGAACUGA